CCAAGAAGCACCAUGGCGCGCGAAGCUGUGGAAGAAGAGAGUACGUGCAAGUACGUGUACAAGAAGUGCCUCAAUGCGCGCACGACCAAGAAGAACGGUCAUCUGCACUCUCUCUGCGAGUACCACCGCGCCAAGGCCAACUCGAUCCAGAAAGCAUAUGCGACCAAGAAACGGUCACUGCACAAGGCGCUCAAGAGCCCGACGUCCGUCGAUGGGCCCAUUCCGUUCGGUGGCGCGACCAACGUCUUUGACGUCUCCGAGACCGAAUGGCUUGACAUCCUGGAAGCGCUCGGGGUCUCGCCGAGCGAUAGCCACCACAACGACGACGUGCUCGUGAAGGAUGAGUUCUUUACGCUCGCCGACGACGACGUUGUGAUCAAGGAUGAGUGCAUUGCUGUUUGAGCUCGAAGGCAAGUCCAUUUUCUUAUUUACGGCCUCUGGAGGCGCGAUCCAAGUACUCUAUUACCUAUAACCUAUAUAAACACUACGACACGAUUUUAAUGCUAAACAACGAUUCCAAACUCC